AUGUCUCUUACAAGAAUUGCAUUGAACCAUCAUCGAGCAACCAUUGAUCCUAAGGAUACUUUGAAAGACUAUGCACAAAGAAACCACAUCAAAAGCUUAAGUGAUGUUGAAUUAGCCAAGAAGCUUCAUGACUUUCAGAAAGAGUGGAAAUGUUUGGUGCUCCUUGAUGAUAUAUGGACCACUAAAACUUGGGAUCUUCUAAAACAUGCAUUCCCUCAAGGAGACACAGAUAGCAAGAUCUUACUCACCACUCGGAAUAAGGAUGUAGCUUUGCAUGUGGAUCGACAUGGUUUCAUCCAUGAACCUCAUUUGCUCAGUGACAAUGAGAGUUGGGAGUUGUUUCAGAACAAGUACUUCUGUGUUGGAAUGGAUCCAUCAAGUUCAGACUCGGAUGAUAAUGAAAGGAAGAAAGAACUAGCGGUUGAGAUGCUUAAAAAGUGCGCUGGUUUGCCAUUAGCCAUCAUCGUGCUCGCUGGGCUUCUGUCUAAGAAACACACCAUAUAUGAGUGGGAGCAGAUGAAAAGAAACAUAGUGCGCUGCAUAGGUCAAGGUGAACAACACGAUGACUCAAAAUACCGUAGUGUUUGGUGGGUGUUAGGUUUGAGUUACAGUGAGUUACCAUGUCACUUGAAGCCUUGUUUUUUGUACUUGUCUCGCUACGCUGAAGAUGCUGUGAUAAGAGUAAAAGAGUUGUGCCUUAUACUCAUAGCAGAAGGUUUUAUAUCAUUAAGAGGAAGUUGUAUGGAAACCAUCGAGGAUGUGGCAUAUGAUUGCUUAAGUGAGUUGGUGGAGAGGAGCAUGAUUCAGGUCAAAGAUAUGAGUUCAACAGGAAGGAUAAAAUCAUUUUGCAUUCAUGAUCUCAUGCGAGAUUUGUGCGUGUCUAAAGCUCGAGAUGAAAACUUUCUACAUUUGAUGGAUUUGAGGAAUAAAGUGGAAGAGCCAAUUGAAUCAGUGUCCACUGUCCCGAUAACAAAUGUACGAAGACUUGCCAUUUAUUGUGAUCGUGAAAGUACUGGUAAUGAUUUUGUUCAUAUGGUUCGAAAUAUGGAUGGCUCUCUUAGGUACCUUUCUGUACAUGAGCGACACAUUGCGUUCGAAGGAGGAGUAUUCAGACAUGUCUGCAAUCGCUUUCUGAGGCUUAGAGUUCUGAUCAUUGACUUCCGGGAUUUUCAACGUACCACCAUGUUGCCUAAAGAAAUUGGAAAUCUUAUCCACCUAAGGUUAUUUAGUAUGCCUAAUAGCCGAAUAAAAAUGAUUCCUUCUUAUUUUGGGAAUUGGAGAUGCCUGCAAACUUUGAGAGUAUGGACCGAUAGUGAUAAAAUACCAAAUUCAAUGUGCAAGUUGGAACAGUUGAGGCAUCUAUAUUUUUUAAAUUCUUAUCUCUCUACUGGCGUAAGAAUUGGUGAAUUCUUGAGGUCAACUAAGUCUAGAAAUUUAUUACAGACAUUGGUAGGUAUUCGUACCAAGCAUCUUUUUCUGAGUGAUUUGCUACAGCUGAAGAAUCUCAAGAAAUUAGCAAUUGUUGUGGAUGGAAAUUUUGACUCAUUCUUACACAAUCCCCAAACUCUCACAUUCACUCGUCUUUUGUCUAUACAAGUAACAGCUCUUGGUAAUGACGUCAAGAUAGAUAUUGUUCCUUUGAUUUUAAGCUGUCCUCAAAUUUAUAAGCUUGCACUGGAGUCGCCUGUAGUAAGAUUACCACAAGUCAACCAAUUCCCCCCAAAUCUUAUCAACUUAAGAUUGUUUAAUCUGAGACUUGAGGAUGAUCCAAUGCCAACAUUAGAAAAGCUACCAAAAUUAAGAGUCCUUGUCAUUGAUAGGUAUAGCUUUAUGGGGGAUGAGAUGGUGUGCUCAAGAGGAGGUUUCAAUCGACUUGAAUCUCUUGAGCUUAGUGGUCUACAAGGAUUAAAAGAGUGGAAGGUGGAGGAGAGUGCAUUGUCUAGACUUGGCUAUUUGCGUAUUGAAAAAUGCAGGGGAUUGAGGAGAGUUCCAGAUGGAUUAAGAAGCAUUUCUACACUCCAUGAUAUACUGAUACAUCGUAUGCCUAAGAAAUUCAAAGAAAGGAUGGAAGAAGGAGGAGAGGAUUUCUAUAAAGUCAACCACGUCACAUCUCGUGUGUUUAUCAAGUGUGAUAAAGGUACAUCUCUAUCUAUCUAUCUUGUUCACAAGUUUUGA